UCCAUACAGUUCUCUCCCUCACUCUGAAGGCAACAUCUGAAACCUUCUGAGGCCCCUGAGGCAAGUCUCACCCCGAUCGAAGUUUGAUACUUAAUGACAUCAUGUAUUACUUGAUGUUCGGCUGUUCCCUGCUGGUGCUGGUGAACCUCACGGCCAGUGAAGCAAAUUUUCAGAUACUGCAGAAGCCCAGGUUUAUUGGUGUGAAACCAGGAAAGACAUUGGGCAUCUUUUGCUUCAUUUCUGACUCCAGCCGCUACCCAGCUCAGAUAGAAUGGUACAAGGCCACGGCACACAAAAAUCAAAAGACACCGUACAAGCAACAAUUGCAGAAAAACAUGACAUUAAUAUUCAUGAAAGUAAACCUGGAGGACAGUGGCAUUUACUACUGCAAGGUGGACGGGAUUUUUGGACAUGGAACAGAACUGCAAGUGUUGAGAUACAUCAAUUCCAAAAAAGCUGAACAGAGGAGCAACAUGAAAGAUUUUAUCAUUUUCCUCCAGACUUUUCUCCUUGUGCUGUGUAUAGUUCUUCCCUUGGUUUGGCAUUAUAGACUGGGGAAGAAGGAGGAGGCCGUGUAUGAAGAACCUGAACGUGACCACACUUAUGAGGGUUUGGAGAUUGAACACUGUGGUGGUGAUCUGUAUGAAGACAUUCGUCCUUACUGUCAGGAGUCUCAGGGCCCAGAGGCAGCGUGGGAGGUCGGGCACCCUGGAGUUGAGCCCCCCGAAGACAAGGCCCCUCAAAUUGAAUCUCCGGAGCAGUGAUCGAGCUUCACACAAAGACAUGCAGGGAAAACAGCGCUGCGCUGAAUGUCCUCGAUGCAGAUGUGUGAAUCAAAUAUCACAUCAGCACAUUUAUGACAAAAUACUGGUUAAGCUGAUUUAUUUGAUUCGUGUGGAAAUUUACACAUUUGAACCAAGUACAUUUAAUGCAGCACUUUCCCAAUGUGGGAGGUGUCAUAUAGUGCAUAAUAAUAAUAAUAAUAAUAAUAUAAUAAUAAUAAUGAAUCAGACAUACCCACAUUGUUAUUAAUAAUGACUAAAAAUACCCAUGAGUGAUAUAGCCACAAACUGAGCAAAAACUGAGCUAAAUAUACUUAGUCCACAGGAGACUAAAGAAUUUCCCAUAUAAAGCCCCUUUUUAACCCCAUGUGUAUGUUUUAACCCCAUCCUAAGUGCCUACAUGUGGCUCCACAACUCAGUUGCUCACUCUCAUACCUACAGAACACUUUAGGUUAAAGUCAGUGUGAAUGGGAAAUCAUAACUCAUAACUAAAUCUCUGAGCUAGCCUAGCGCUCUCUCUCGAUGUUGGGUGGGGGUGAGAGGG